AUGGCUUCUGACAUUGAGCGAGCAUUCCCUAGUCGUGUUGCUGGUCCGGUGGAGCAGCGGUGGGUGAGAUGGCUUCCGACUUUGCAGAAUUGCGUGGUGGUGAACGUGGACGAGAGUGUUAAUGGCUCUCCAAGGAGAGGUUGGUUUGGUGGGUGUAUCUGCGGCUUUGAAGGGGCUUGGAUUGCGGGGUUUGAUGGUUUCCGGGAUGAUCCUGACAUCCUCUUAUUGGAGCUCUUGGAUUCUCUGCAUGUUGUGGUAUUGGUAAAGUAUACUCCUUCUUCUAGGCAUGUUUACGCGCCUCUUAUAUGGGAUAUCAAGGAUUUGUUGAGUAGAUCCUGGAGGAUGGAGCUUGUUCACACUAUUCAGGAAGGGAAUGCUUGUGCAGACUUCUUGGCAAAGUUUGGUGUUGCUCAGGCUAAAGAGCUAGUGGAGUUGGUGGCCCCUUCGGAUGGCUUGAGACCUUUCCUUUUAGCGAAUGCGAUGGGUGCUUCGUUCUUGAGGCCUUAG